AUGAAUUUUGUAUUCUCUCCGUUCUCAGUAGACAAUGCUCUAGGUUUACUAGCUUCCGGAGCAAGCGGUGACACCUUAAAACAGAUAUUAGAGUUCCUCAGUUCCGAAAGCCUCAACGUCGGCGGUGUUUGGUGCAGCUCCUUACUCAAACGUUCAUUCAAGAAAUACAAAUCCACAGCCGAUACUGUGGAUUUCGCAAACAAGAGCAAAGAAGUGCUGAAGAGGGUGAACACAUGGGCUGAAACUAAAACCAAUGGAUUAAUCAAAGUUCUCCUGCCUGCUAACGCAGUCGAUGAAGAUACAAAAUUUAUACUGGCGAAUUCACUCUAUUUCAAAGGAUCUUGGGGCAGAUAUAACCAGUUUCCACAAUCACUAACUGAGAUAUCGGAGUUUUAUCUCCUAGACGGAAAACAACCGGUAGACGUUCCGUUCAUGUCAUCGGGGGCAACCGACAUAUUCGUUGUUUUGAAAGCUUUAGAGUACUGCGACUCCCAUACAAAGGAACGUGAUGGGAUCGGUGCACUUAUUGAAAAGGUGAGUUCUGAUCCUGCCUUUCUAGAUCGAUAUCGCCCUGGUGGUGCGGUUCCAACAAGACACUUCAAGGUUCCCAAGUUCAAAUUUUGUUUUAAUUUUGAAGCAAAAAGAAUUCUAGAGAAUGUAGGACUGGUUUUGCCUUUUGAUGAUAAAAAGGCAGAUCUGACUGAGAUGUUGUAUCCUAAAGAUUCCAAAGCAGAGUUGACUGAGACUGAUGACUCGAAGGCAGAGCUGACUGAGAUAUCUGACACUAGUCGUAAUAAGCUUCAUGUUUCUGAGGUUUAUCACAGGUGUUUUAUUGAAAUUGAUGAAGAAGGAGCUGAAGCUGCUGCUUCUACUGCUGUAGUGGGGGUAACGAAGUGUGCCGCCAAGCAUCCUACUACACCUCCUCCUGUAGAUUUUGUGGCAGCUCAUCCUUUCAUGUUUAUUAUAAAAGAGGAGCAAACUGGUGCAGUCUUGUUCAUGGGGAAAGUUCCUGCUAGAUCAGUAAACCUUUUUGCAACUUCUGGCUAUUCCCAUGAUAGCCAGUAUGCAAAUCCUGGCUAUCAUGGGACUAGAAAUAGCACAGGGUGUUGGUUUUUGAUAAAUUUGUUCCAAGAGAAUGAAAAGAAGGGACAAGAAAUUUGA